AUGUUUUUAUCAGGGGUCUGGAUUUUAGCUGUUUCCGUCACUGUGGCAGUACAGGAAAAACCCCCUCUUGCUCCAUGUCUCCAAGGACCCCAAGGUCCUCCUGGGAACAAUGGAGUUCCUGGUCAUAAUGGGCUCAAUGGGGAGAAAGGGGAGAAGGGACUCAGAGGGGAACCAGGUUCCACAGGAAUGCGUGGGCCACAGGGCCCUCCAGGAAAACUAGGUCCAAUGGGACCAAAGGGCGAAAGUGGACAACCAGGUCCCACCGGCCCACAAGGAAGCCCGGGAGAAUGCUCACCACGUCAGAAAUCUGCCUUUGCCAUGAAACUCGCCAAAAACUAUCCAGCUCCUAAACAACCCAUUAUAUUUCAUCAAAUUUUAUACAAUGAUCAGCAACAUUUUGAUAAGGCCACAGGAAUUUUCACUUGCCAAAUACCCGGAGUUUAUUACUUUGGCUACAAUGUGGAGUUGUUCCGGAACACCACGUCCAUUCAGCUAAUGAAAAACAGCCAGGCAGUGAUAGGAUCAUAUCAGACCACCCUAAACUCUUAUGAAAAUAUGGCAGGAAGUACAGUCCUUAAGCUGGCGAAGGGUGACAGGGUCUGGUUAGAAGUGAACCAGGAAAGUAAUGGAGCGACACACACAAGCUACUUUUUGGGUUACCUGAUAUUUGAAAUUUAG